GUUGGGGGUGGAGCGAGCUUGUUGGGGCAUGCGAGGACGUUGGAUAUGUAUCGGGCGAAUGCGAAAAAGACGGGGGAUCCGGCGAUUCAGUUUGAGUUUGCGUGCUUUAUGAUUGAUGCUGCACGGGAGAUGAGUGCGGAGGAAUUAUCCCCCACCGACCCGAGUCAGGCGAAGAGUAAGCAGAAUGAACUCAUCAAAGAGGCGGCGGGGGUGUUGAGGCGGUUGGCGGAUAGGGGUCACGUGAACGCACAAUACUUCCUUGGAGAUUGUUAUGCGACCGGAGUCAUUGGGAAGAAUGAUGCGGAUGGCGCUGGAGGGGUUGGGAUGGGGAAACCGGAUUUGGAGAGGGCGUUCCCGCUUUUCGUGCUCGCUGCUAAACAUGGACACGCGGAAGCUUCCUGGAGGGUCGGGUUGUCGUAUGAGUAUGGAUGGGGCUGCAAGCGGGAUCCGCAUAAGGCCGUACAGUUCUUGACAAAGAGCGCUACAGCAAACCACCCAGGUGCGAUGCUACGACUCGGAAAAGCCCACAUGGCGGGCGAUCUGGCACUGAAACGCGAUAGGAGGGAGGGAGUGAAGUGGUUGAAGCGCGCUGCGGAGGCGGCGAGCGUGGGCUAUGCGUCCGCGCCGUACGAGUUGGGACUCCUCCAUCUCGUCGGUGUAGACGAAGCGAAUAUCUUCAAAGACGAGCAAUACGCCGCACAGCUCUUCACAAAAGCCGCGGAACUCGGACACGUCGAGGCGGCGUUUAGGUUGGGUGAGGCGUACGAGUAUGGACGGCUUGGGCUCCAUCCGGACGCGGGACUCUCGAUUCACUUUUAUGCGAUUGCGGCACAGGAGGGGACGGGGCAUUCGGGUGCGAUGUUGGCGUUGUGCGCGUGGUGUAUGGUCGGUGCGCCGCCUUCUCUCCCGAAAGACGAGGCACUUGCGUUUGAGUGGGCGCUCAAGGCUGCGGAAGCCGGGAACCCCAAAGCGGAGUAUGCUGUCGGAUACUUCCUCGAGAUGGGGAUUGGGAGGGGAAGGGAUGUGGAGGGGGCGAGGGAAUGGUAUGCUAGGGCUAUUGAGCAUGGGGAUGAGAGGGCUGUUGCGAGGUUG